AUGUAUAGCUGCUGGAAGGAAAAUAAAGGCGAUGCCCUGCACAGCGGAUGGAUGCAUGCAUGCCCUUUUUCUGAACUGCAUCUUCACGAGACAUCCUUGAGCAGAUUGCCACUUUAAUCCUUUCUAGCUUAUCUCUAGAGUCAACAGCUAAAUCCAGCGUCGUCGCCGUCGUCGUCGUCGACUCGUCAUCGUCGUCGUCGUUGUUGUUUCAGCUUGCUUCUCAACACUACGAAAGCAUCGUCUCCUUUCUUUUGCGCUUUCUUGCCAUUUUGUGUCGAUCGAUCCGCCAAGAAAAGCAGCGGCCGAGCUGACAGUACGUACGUGUCGGCGUGGAUAUACCUUGCUUUGCAUCGAGGAGGAGGUGUUUGGUUGAUUCCGGCGUGGUGAGCAAUGCGCGUGGCGCGGCGGCGAGUGGUCGCCGGCGUGUCGCUGCGCCGCCGACGUCCGCCGGCCACCGGCAUGCUGUGCGAGUCUUGAUCGGUGUCGGUCGAGAGAGAGGGGGUAGCUUGUAGCUCUCAUGCUUUCUUGCUUCCGGCUGCCGCGGCCGCCGGGCGGGGAGACGAACCAGGCGGCGGCGGCGUCGGCGUCGCCGAGGCGGCCGUCGCUGCCGUUCGCGUCGAGCCUGUUCGCGGGGUCGCCGUCGACGUCGGGGAAGCAGCCGUGGCUGGCGGACGCGGACGACAUGGAGAAGAAGCGGUGGGACAGCAUGGAGUCGUGGUCGAUGCUGCUGGACACGGCCAUGGGGCCCUCCGGCGAGCCGACGUCGAGCCGCGACAGCGGGCGGCGGGAGGAGUGGAUGGCCGACCUCUCCCACCUCUUCAUCGGCAACAAGUUCGCCUCCGGCGCCAACAGCCGCAUCUACCGCGGCAUCUACAAGCAGCGCGCCGUCGCCGUCAAGAUGGUCCGCAUCCCCGAGCGCGACGAGGCCCGCCGCGCCGUCCUCGAGGACCAGUUCAACUCCGAGGUCGCCUUCCUCUCCCGCCUCUACCACCCCAACAUCGUCCAGUUCAUCGCGGCGUGCAAGAAGCCGCCGGUGUACUGCAUCAUCACGGAGUACAUGUCGCAGGGGACGCUGAGGAUGUACCUGAACAAGAAGGACCCAUACUCGCUGUCGUCGGAGACGAUACUGAAGCUGGCGCUGGACAUCUCGCGGGGGAUGGAGUACCUGCACGCGCAGGGGGUGAUCCACCGGGACCUCAAGUCGCAGAACCUCCUCCUCAACGACGAGAUGCGCGUCAAGGUCGCCGACUUCGGCACGUCCUGCCUGGAGACGGCGUGCCAGGCCACCAAGGGCAACAAGGGCACCUACCGAUGGAUGGCGCCGGAGAUGACCAAGGAGAAGCCCUACACCCGCAAGGUCGACGUCUACAGCUUCGGCAUCGUCCUCUGGGAGCUCACCACCUGCCUCCUCCCCUUCCAGGGCAUGACCCCCGUCCAAGCCGCCUACGCCGCCUCCGAGAAGAAUCUGCGGCCGCCGUUGUCGACCUCGUGCUCUCCGGUGCUGAACAACCUGAUCAAGAGGUGCUGGUCGGCGAACCCGGCGAGGCGGCCGGAGUUCAGCUACAUCGUGUCGGUGCUGGAGAAGUACGACCACUGCGUGAAGGAAGGGAUGCCGAUCAUGGCGCACCAGGAGCUCAGGAUCUGGAGCUCCUUCGCCAAGAUCUUCAGGAUGGGCUGCAUCACCAACAACUUGUCCAUACCGGUGCAUGCUUGAUUCGAUCAAAAUACUCACCAUACGUAUAUACUGGAGUAGUAUUAAUUAUACAUGUAUGUUGAAUUAAUCUCUGAUUAAGAUAAACACACAUGCUGAUGUAACCUUGCUACUCAAGACCUCUGUUUGUGCUUUGCAUGACAAGUAUCUGAAGUCCGAACUGAAUGGCAUGAA